CAGCCGGAGCCGGAGCGGGAGGGAGCUAGCUGCGAGCUCCCCGCCGCAGUGUGCCCCAGCCACUCCCUGCGCACGGGGAAGCCGGAGCCGAGGUCGCGGCUCUCUCCCGACACGACUGGACCUCCGUCCCUCCCUCCCCCGGCAAGUGCACCGAAGGGCUAGGGGAGGGAGGGGACGGCGGAGAGAGAGAGCCACUGCCCUUUCCUGCGCUUCCUUACCCUGUCCUGCCCUGCGCUGCCCAGCCCGACCCUGUCCUGCCCCGUCCUUUGCGGCUUUGCUCCCUAGCCCGCGCCUAUCCACCUGCGCUGUCCCCUGCAGCACAGAGAGGGAUGCGCGCCGCGCUCCUAGUGGUUUGGCUCCUGGGUAGCCUCUGCAGCCGGGAGCUGGCUGUCGGGGAUCCGGGGCAGCCAUGCCAAGCUCCGCAGCAGUGGGAAGGACGUCAGGUGCGCUACGACCACAGCAGCGGCCGCAACACCCGUGCCCUGCUCUCCUACGAUGCCCUCCAGCAGCGCGUCCGCCUUCUGGAGGAGAGGAAGGCUCUCAUCCCUUGCAAGAAGUUCUUUGAAUAUAUUUUCCUCUAUCAAGACGCAGUGAUGUUUCAGAUUGACCAGGCCACCAAGCUGUGCUCCAAGAUUGCCUUGACUGACCAAUGGGAUCCUUUGGAUAUCCCCCAGAACUCGACUUAUGAAGACCAGUAUUACAUCGGGGGCCCUCAGGACCAGAUAAUGGUACAGGAGUGGUCAGACAGGAAGCCAGCCCGGAAAUAUGAAACAUGGGUUGGCGUCUAUACAGUCAAGGAUUGUUACCCAGUCCAGGAAACCUACACCAAGAACUACAGCGUCACAUUCUCUACUCGCUUCUUUGAUAUCCAGCUUGGCAUUCUCGACCCCUCUGUUUUUACUCCACCGAGCACUUGCGAGAGAGCCCAGACAAGGAGGAUGAGUGACACCUGCUGACAUGAGCUGCCCAUAGGCUGAAAAAUCACAGUAACUACUGACCGGUUGAGAAAACUACUGACAUACAUUGAAAGUUAAUUGUGGCUUUUUAGGCUCUCAGAGCCUUCAUGGGAUAGUGAAUUCUAGUGUUGCUUGUAUAAAUGCCAUUAGGUAAAGGGUGCCAGCUGCUGCUUCUCCCCCCCCCCCACUUAAGACUCAAACUGUGUUUCUACAGGUAAACUGAAAUAAAAGGGGAGUAAUUAUGCAGGUAUGCAUGAUCAGAAAAAAAAAUCCAUCCUGGCUAAUUUUGGUUAAAAACCACCUGGUUUUGGCCCGAAUUACCUUUGUCAUUCAGCUUAUUUUCAUUUUUUUUUUCCUGUUUAGACAUGGUUUCAGUUGAAGUGCUUGCUGGCUGUUUCUAGAAGUUUCUGGAUAAUAUCCUCUGAAAUAGAAAACGUGCUUGAUCUUGUGAUGAUUGUUCUGUUAAAAUGUGCUUGAUUUUUCAGUCUAAAGAGAGAGGGAAAGCCCAAUUGGCUUGGCUCCCCCAGCAGAUGACUAGCCUGUCCUGUGUUACGUUUGUGGUGAUUGGUGGGUUUGCCCGAGUUCUGUUGAAUAGCUAAAUGGGGAAUGGAACAUGGCAUGUCCAAAACAUCCCAUUUCAUAAUCGUCAGAACCAUUAAACACAUUACAUGCUCA